AUGGAGAAGAAGCGAAGCGAAGCCGCGUCCACAGACCAGAGGAAGAAGCCCAAACCCGGCAGGCUGUUCCGCAAGAAGCCGCUCAGAUCCGUGGGGACUUUCAUGAACAAGAUCCUCAAAAGUUUCGGGACUUUGGGGCAGUUUGGGAGCGCGGCUGGGGACGUGGAGGAUGACGAUGGGGGAUUCCGAAACGGGACGCAGUGCACUUUAAACGUGUGCAAAACGACUUCUCUGCUACAGGAGUCCCACUCGACCGCCCGCGGGUCUCUGUGCACCGGACGCGACAAGCUGUGGAGCCAGUACGGGGACCGGACCCCCGGGGCGCUGGGCCUCAAGAACCACGGGAACACCUGCUUCAUGAACGCCGUGGUGCAGUGCCUGAGUAACACUGAUCUGCUGGCGGAGUAUUUGGGGCUGGAGAAGUACAAGCUGGACGUGAGGGGGGAGGUUAAAGGGGAGGGGGUGAAGGGGGAGGUCACGGGCCAGUUGGCGGCGUUGGUGCGUGCGCUGUGGACGCUGGAGUAUAAGCCGCAGAUGUCAGUGGAGUUUAAGCAGGAGGUGGGGGUCAGAGCAGAGGAGGUGGGGGUCAGAGCAGAGGAGGUGGGGUCAGAGCAGCAGGAGGUGGGGGUCAGAGCAGAGGAGGUGGGGUCAGAGCAGCAGGAGGUGGGGGUCAGAGCAGCAGGAGGUGGGGUCAGAGCAGCAGGAGGUGGGGGUCAGAGCAGAGGAGGUGGGGUCAGAGCAGCAGGAGGUGGGGUCAGAGCAGCAGGAGGUGGGGGUCAGAGCAGAGGAGGUGGGGGUCAGAGCAGCAGGAGGUGGGGGUCAGAGCAGCAGGAGGUGGGGGUCAGAGCAGCAGGAGGUGGGGGUCAGAGCAGAGGAGGUGGGGUCAGAGCAGCAGGAGGUGGGGGUCAGAGCAGCAGGAGGUGGGGGUCAGAGCAGAGGAGGUGGGGUCAGAGCAGCAGGAGGUGGGGGUCAGAGCAGAGGAGGUGGGGGUCAGAGCAGAGGAGGUGGGGUCAGAGCAGCAGGAGGUGGGGGUCAGAGCAGCAGGAGGUGGGGGUCAGAGCAGAGGAGGUGGGGGUCAGAGCAGAGGAGGUGGGGUCAGAGCAGCAGGAGGUGGGGGUCAGAGCAGAGGAGGUGGGGGUCAGAGCAGAGGAGGUGGGGUCAGAGCAGCAGGAGGUGGGGGUCAGAGCAGAGGAGGUGGGGUCAGAGCAGAAGGAGGUGGGGGUCAGAGCAGAGGAGGUGGGGUCAGAGCAGCAGGAGGUGGGGGUCAGAGCAGAGGAGGUGGGGGUCAGAGCAGAGGAGGUGGGGUCAGAGCAGCAGGAGGUGGGGGUCAGAGCAGAGGAGGUGGGGUCAGAGCAGCAGGAGGUGGGGGUCAGAGCAGAGGAGGUGGGGUCAGAGCAGCAGGAGGUGGGGGUCAGAGCAGAGGAGGUGGGGGUCAGAGCAGAGGAGGUGGGGGUCAGAGCAGCAGGAGGUGGGGGUCAGAGCAGCAGGAGGUGGGGUCAGAGCAGCAGGAGGUGGGGGUCAGAGCAGCAGGAGGUGGGGGUCAGAGCAGAGGAGACGGCCGUCUCGUCGUACGGGGCUCAGUUUCGAGGGAAUGCGCAGCACGACGCUCUGGAGUUUCUGCUGUGGCUCCUGGACCGAGUCCACGAAGACGAUCAGCAGAACCAGAGGCACCUGCAGAGACUCGGGCUUGUCUCCAACACACUGAGUUACUCUUUGGUGCUAGGAACAAAAGCUCCUCAGAGGGAGCACCAACAAAGUCACUUUAUCAUGUGA